AUCUGCUUACCUGAGCCAAGCUAGGGAGCUGUCUUCAGCACUGCAACCACAUCCCGAUACACUGGGGGGGAUAGCCUAGCCCCAGCAUAAAUUAUCAGGGAGAAUAGCUUUAUUGUUUGCAGCAUGCUAUCAAUUGAAUGGAGAGUAUACAAAACUUUCCCGCUGAUGAACUGAGAAGUAUAUAGAACAUUCUAUCUAGACUGGGGUUGUGUCUUGGAUCGUUUGAAAAUGACGUCUCCAUCAAGGAACUGUGUCUUAUGGGUCGUGAGUGCCUUCCUUCUGAGAGGAUACAUUGCCACAGAGGCGUCCCAUGAGAUUGCAAUUAGUAGUGGCUUGGUAGUAAAACAAGUGACUUUUCCAAGGAUCUCAAGCCAGCUGGUGGCCGAUAAGAGUCUGGAGACUUUGGCCCAAAAGUCAUACAAAGGAAAUGGUGCAAUUUCUAGAAGAAAGCGGAAUAUUCUUUUUCUUAAUGGAGUGAAACUUUGUUCACAAGAAACGGUGGAUCAAGCAAUAGAAAACCACCUGAUGUACUUCCACCAGCGAGUGUGUCAGGAGACAGUGUGGGAGGCAUUCAAAAUCUUUUGGGACCGUCUACCUGAGAGAGAUGAGUACCAGACCUGGGUUAACAUAUGCCAGGAUGGAACAUUUAGCGUGAUGGAGAUCGGAAGGAACUUCAGCCAAUCAGAGGAACACAUUUCUCUUGUUAGGACUAGAGUGGCAAUGACUGCUGCUUCGAAUAGUGAGCCCACCAGCUCAGGGUCCAAAGUGUGCAGUCCAACGGAAGCAACUCCAGCAGAAGAAGAAUCGAUCACCACCCGAAAAGAUUAUGAAGUCAUUGCCACACAACUUAACACAUUCCCAACCAUUCGAGGAGACAUUGACAUUAUCCCUGACACUACUGCCAAGCCAGUUAAAAAGAUCACAGAGGUGGUUUACAGAGAAAUUCCUAAUGAAGUGACCAAAGACACUGCAAACAACAUCACCUCAGAGAUGACUGAUGAAACAAUUCAGGAGAUUGGAAGGGAUGUCACUACCGAAGCUGCUUUCAGCAUCAUCCCCGAAACUGCAGUUGAAGUCAUCACUGACACAAGUAAAAAUUAUUCUGAUCUAGUGGUUGAUAUGGCUCCUGUUGAUGAACCAUCCAGUGCUACCACAAACGACACUGUAGAGAUCACUUUAAAACCUAUUGUCACUGUCAUCCACCAGCCCAUUGAUGAUGUUGAUGAGGAAAUGGAAAAGACAACAAUUUUAAAUAUUAAAGACAAUAAAGUAGAGGAUUCAGCAGAAGCCGCUGUAGAGGUCCCAUCAGAGGCUGCCAUUGAGAUCACUGUAGAGGCCACAGACAAGGAAGUACCAGAACCUGAAAGAGAAUUGAUCCCUGAAUCAUCUUUGGAAGGCAUUUCGGAGGCCCCUUUGGAUGCGGAUGCAGAGGUCACUUUGGAAGACACUUCAAAUGCUUCUACUGAGGAAACAUCAGAAGAUCCUGCAGAUGAGGAGGAUAUCAAAGAGGAUACAGCUGAAAUAACUUUAGAAGUUUCUACAGAGCUGACUUCAGAGACUACUGAUGAAGCAGCUCCAGCAGAGUUGAUACCAGAUAGUUCUCUAGAGGACACAUCCGAGACUACAGAUGAGAAACCUGAAUCUACUCUGAUUCCAGAUGUUUUUCUAGAGGAUACUACAGAGACUACAGAUGAGGAAAAUGCAGCAGUGUUAAUUCCAGAUUUUUCUCCGGAGGGAACUUCAGAAACUAUAAUUGAGGAACCUACAUCAAUGUGGAUUCCAGGUGUUUCUCUAAAAGAUACCACAGAGACUACAGAUGAGGAAGAUGCAGCAGUGUUGAUUCCAGAAGUUUCUCCAGAGGAAACGACAGAAACCACAAUUGAGGAACCUGCAUCAAAGUUGAUUCCAGAUGUUUCUCUAGAGGAUACAACAGAGACUACAGAUGAGGAAGUUCCAGCAGAAUUGAUUCCACAAGUUUCUCCAGAGGGAACUUCAGAAACUACAGUUGAGGAACCUGCAUCAAAGUUGAUUCCUGAUGUUUCUCUAGAGGAGACCACAGAGACUACAGUUGAGGAAGAUGCAGCAGUGAUGAUUCCAGAAGUAUCUCCAGAGGGAACUUCAGAAACUACAGUUGAGGAACCUGCAUCCAAGUUGAUUCCUGAUGUUUCUUUAGAGGAGACCACAGAGACUACAGAUGAAGAAGAUGCAGCAGCGUUGAUACCAGAAGUUUCUCUGGCGGGACCUUCAGAAACUAUAAUUGAGGAAACUGCAUCAACGUUGAUUCCAGAUGUUUCUCUACAGGAUACUACAGAGACUACAGAUGAGGAAAAUGCAGCAGUGUUGAUAACAGAUGUUUCUCUGGAGGGAACUUCAGAAACUACAGUUGAGGAACCUGAAUCAAAGUUGAUUCCAGAUGUUUCUCCAGAGGAAAAUUCAGAAACUACAGAUGAGGAAGGUAAAGCAAAUUUGAUUCCAGAUGUUUCUCCAGAGGGCACUUCAGAGAUCACAGAUGAAGAAGUUAAAACAGAGCUGAUUCCAGAUGUUUCUCUAGAGGUCACUUCAGAGCCUUCAGAUGAGGAAGAUGCAGCAGAGUUGAUUCCAGAAGUUUCUGCAGAGAGUACCUCAGAGCCAGAGCUGGUGGUAAUGUCUGAAGCCACAACGGAAAUCCCUUCAGUGGAUUCAGUUGGAGAUGUCACCUCAGAUGCUACAGUGAAUGUUGCCCCACAAUACACUAAAGACAUUUUAGACAAAGUAAUCCCAGAUCCCACAACAUAUUUGAUUAUAGCAAGUAGUGAGGAGAUAACUCCAGAGACUGUACUAGAGGAUACUUUGGCCACUUCUACCAAUGAAGUUGUCAUAGAGAUUGGUCCAGAGGAAGACCUUACAAGUAGAAAACUAGAAGAGGCCAAUCCAGCGGGUGUAGGGCAGAUCACUGAAGAAAUAACAUUUGAGGCUGAAGUCACUUCUGAAGCUGAAGUAGAGAUGGAGGUAGUUACUGUGGAGAUCACUCCAGAGGCUGAAGUACAGAUUGUUCCUGAGGAUAUAGUGGAACUGUCAGAAUCAGACAAAAUCAAAGUUAAAGUAGAGUUAACUCCAGAGUCUCCUGAAGAAGUUCCACAGAAAGGGGAAAAGGACCCUUUGAUGACUGUAGUUGAAGACACUCCAGAGGCUGUCGAAAAAAUUCAGCCAGAAACUGAAGAUAUAACUCCUGCUUCUGUUGUAAAAGACACAACUGAAAUGGUUUUAGAGACUUCAAAAGAGUUAACACUAGGGGCUUCAAAAGAGGAAACGACAGAACCUUCAGAGAAGGAAACUCCAGAGGCUUCAGAAGCGAUCAUUUUUGUAAAGGAAAAAGGAACAGAGGCUUCUGAAGAAAUAAUUCCAAAAGCUACAAAAUAUACUAUUCUAGAGGCUUCAGAGGAAAUCCCUUCAGAGGUUCCAAGUGAGGUUCCUCCAGAAACUGUUAAUGGGAUAACUACAGAGGCUGCGACCACGUCCACACCAAAGGCUGCAAAGGAGGCAGCUGUGGAGGUUACUCGUGAGGUCAUCACAGUUUUGACGGACAUAGAGGAGAACAACAAUGGUGAUCGUUAUAGGAACAUGGAGGAGAACAAUAAUGGUGAUCAUUAUAGGGUCACAGGAGAACUUCAUGAAACAAACAAUGGCUUCUUAGGGAUUCAAGAUAUCAUACAAGAGGUGGAAAACACACUGGGUAAUGAGAUUGAGGACAUCAUGAAGAGGCCAUCCAGACCUACGAAGGAGCAGGUGGUGGAGCUCAGCAUUCAGCUGAAGGGAGAGAGCUACAAAGAUGCUCUGAGAGACCCCUCUAGCCACUACUACCAACGCAUGGCCAAACACUUCACUGAUAAGAUUGAAGAUGCACUGGGACGGUUACCAGGAUUCAAGAAGGUAUUUGUGGUUGAAUUCAGGCCUCAGAAGGACCUCCAAAGGGGCAUCUUGGCUGUGGUAGUCCACUACGCUGUGAUUCUGGAGGUGGAUGGAACAGGCAUCAGUAGUGAGACUAUGGACUACAUCAACCUCCAGUCCAACAUGGUGGAGAAGUCUUACCGAGAUGGUAUUGAACACCCCACUGUGAUCUACACCAUCACUGAUUUCAGAAACUACAUCACUGAAGCUCUGCACAAGGACAACUUCAUGAGCAACACCACUCUGGCUCUGGACCCUGCCUCUGUGAAGAUACAGCCAGUGGAUGAAUUGUUGCUGGCAGGGAAACCCACCACCAAACCAGAAGAAUCAAAUGACUUUAUGGACAACGCUCUUGCUGCAGAGAAACCACCUGAUGCUCCAGGCCAGGACUUGGAUGUUGAUGACAUCAUCCUAAAGAAGGAUGAUUUCCUCUUUCCUGUGGAACCGUGGAAAGGGCCUGGGAAUAUGGUGGCCAGUGAAAACGAUGUAAUCAUUCUAGAUGAAACCACCUCGCCGCCGGUCACAACGUUUGGCCCUGCCGAGAAUAAUGGAAAGAUUGAAGAAGAGGGAUUUCUUCUUCUCAGCAACACUCAGGAAACCUCGGAUGCUUCCAAUGGGGACAGUGGUGCAGAAGGCCCCUCCACACCCCUCCCUUCACAGCCGCAAACCACAGAGCCCCCAGUCCCAGCACCUCCCAGAGCAGACCAUGAUUUGGAUGAUGGCUCUGGCUCCAGUUCCUCUGGGGAUGACCAAGGCACUGACGUCUUACCAUGGAUGCCUGUGAAAACUGAGGAGACCUUGCACUCUGAGGCGGAAGAGGACCAGGAGGAGGGGGAUUCUGUGGUGGGGGAGGUGCAUUUAUUAGAUCCAGAAGUGGAACCAACUGAGGGAGAGAGAGAGGAGGAGAAGGCUGAAGAGAUCACAGAUUCUGUUCUGCCUGAAUCUCCAGAAGAUUUAGGGCCUUUUGAGUCCCAUGCAGAAUCUGCCUCAGAGAAAGAGCCAGAAGAGGUUUUCUUGGACAGACUGCCAGUGACCCAGGACAUUAGUACCCACCCUGACUACACAACAACCGCUGAAGCCCCUGUGUUUUGGAGUGCAGAAACCCUGACCGUGGAGCUCUCCAUGCAGACACUGGGGGCCUCUGGGAUUUAUGAAGAUUAUUACCCCAGUGAACCAUUCACCAUCCUACCACAAGUUACCGAUUAUCCCUAUCCUCAGUAUUACACCCCUGAGGCCUCGGUGUUGACAGAGUCAGCCACUGAGAGCCAUGGUUCCAUUGAAGAGCUGCCUAGGGCAACCAGCCCACACAAUUCGGAAGUCCCCGCAACCACAGAGUCACCUGCCUUCGUAGACACAGAGUUAUUCACAAUCAAGGAAUCCAUCUUCGACAUGAUCACAGCCGAACGACCAGAGGCCGAAGCCUACACAGACAAGCCUUUACUCUUCGUUCCCAAUCCUGAGGAUGAAGACAGACUGGUGAAGGUCCUCGAGGAUGAAAGGGCAGAAGUGGCAGAGGCAUUGACCUCAGCAAUCCCGGUCCUUGACAUCUCAGAGGAGGACCAAGCUCAAGAUGAAAUCCUUGUAAAUUUGGCUACAGCAGCUCCAGUGAUCAAGUCACAAAGCAUCUCAUCCCCAGAGAAGGAGUCUCCAUUCACACGCAUAUCAGACUCUGCACCAGAAGAAGAAGCAACACAUGAUCCACCCACCACGGAAAUCUCACCAAAUGACGUCAAAGUUGAAAGUGACACACCUGAAAUCUCUGAGAAACCUGAAAUUGUCCUAACAACCUUACCUUCGUCAUUCCAACCCACACUCAGAUCUACUGAAAACACGAUUGAGGCAGCAGGAGAGUCAGAUAUUAGGACUGAAGAGGUAGAUGUCAGCAUCGAGUUAACCUCCACUUCCCCAGAUCACUACACAUACGAAAUGGAAGCUGACCCUUCAAUCCACAAGUUUGAAGACAACGGAACAGACACGCCCGUAACGUCCACUGACGUGACCAUUGACUCGUUCGACAUCUACGAUGGGUCAAGUCGCAUGGACGGAGACAGCAGCGGCUACUCCGCCCAUGCAUCAAACAUGGGUGCCAUUGCCAUGCCGACCAGCCCCGGAAAAGAUCUGAUGGUGUUUUUCAGCCUGAGGGUGACCAACAUGAUGUUUUCUGAGACCCUAUUCAACAAGAGCUCCAAAGAGUACAAAGCCCUGGAGCAUAGGUUCCUGGAACUGCUUGUCCCUUACCUUCAAUCUAACCUUAGCAACUUCCAAAAUCUGGAGAUCUUGAAUUUCCGAAACGGCAGCAUUGUGGUGAAUAGCAGAAUGAAGUUUGGGAAGCCAGUCCCUCAGGGGGUUACCAACACAGUCUAUCUCAUCCUAGAGGACUUUGCUAAUUCAGCUUUCCAGACCAUGAACCUAUCUAUAGACAAAUACUCACUGGAUGUGGAAUCAGGCGACCAGGCGGACCCCUGCAAGUUCCAGGCGUGUAAUGAGUAUUCAAAGUGUACAGUGAACCGCUGGUCCGGGGAGGCGGAGUGCGUGUGUAAUGCGGGCUACUUUAGUGUGGACGGACUACCGUGCCAGAGCAUCUGUGACCUGCAGGAGGACUUCUGUCUCAACGAUGGGAAGUGUGACAUCAUCCCCGGCAAGGGGGCCAUUUGCAGAUGUCGUGUAGGGGAGAACUGGUGGUUCCGCGGGGAACACUGUGAGGAGUACGUCUCGGAGCCUUUGGUGGUUGGCAUUGCCAUAGCGUCGGUAGCCGGUUUCUUAUUGGUGGCCUCUGGAGUGAUCUUCUUCCUAGCCAGGACGCUGAGAGACGGUUAUGACAAGGAUGAUUCAGAGGACCCUCUACGGGAUGGGGACAGUUUGCCCUCAUUAGAGAGAGCCACCAAGUUCAACCCCAUGUAUGAGAGUGAUUCUGCCAUGACUGAGUGCUACCGACGCUAUGAAAACGGCGUGCCUCAACACAGCGCGGGCAGUGCCAACAUCUCUGUGGAGGUCAGCCGGGACGAGAUUCUCCAGAUUUCCGACAGCGCUGAGCUCACCGCGGAGCAAAUUCAAGAGCGCCUGAGGAUGUUCCAGCUCUAUAACAAAGACCUGCGGUUUGCAGACUUCAUUCGGCAGCAUCAAAUAGCGACCGACAGAAGUGCCAGGUCCGAUACAUAGACAAACCACAGAGCUAGCUGCUCACUGUGAAACUCAAGAAACAUGCCUUUGUCUUUGACUUUGAAGGAGGAACAUGUCUUCUGUCGCCAUGGUGCUUCUAAUGGGCUUUGCAGAAUGAUCAGACGAUGAGGAUAGCUAUUUAAAAAAAAAGUCUUCUCUAUGAGGGGUGGUUUGUUGGGGUCUCUUGCGACGUCUCACUGAUUCUAUUCCUAUUACCUGAUAUUUUUCUAAACGGUAGAGUGUGCUGUAAAUACUUUUGCAUGAUUCUUGUCAUUAUAUUUAUUUUUCUUCUGUCAUCACAGCCAUCACCUUAUUCUAAUAGCUAGCUUCCUGCUGAGCUAGCCAUUAAAUCUAGAUAGUGUUACAGUCAAAGAGGUUUACUGUUCUGCACCUCUUACACAAAGGACAGUCUUCAUCUGUUGUGUUUUUAGCGAGUUUGGACGCGUGGGUCUCUUCCCCUUUUGUUCUCUUUUCUUCGUCAGUGCCUUCACUUGGUUCAGUUUGCACUGCGGGGUUUCGUGUUGUGUCCUGAAACAUAACAGCUCCUGGCAGGACCCUGAAGGUGCACCGGAUGUCACUGGAAGGCCACCACCCCGAAUGUAAACUAACUCCUGAGUGGGUUUCAAAGGCAAACCGAAUACUUCCACAUUUGGAAAACCAAAUAUCCUGUUUGCUAGAUUUAUUUAAACAUGAUAAUUUGAAGGAAACAAAUUUAAGAUUAUCAUUUGUCUAGACAGAAAUUUAUAUUUAACAAUUUAAAUGAAUAUAAAUUUAUAUACUGGCAUUGUGAUAGUUAGUAACCCCUUUUGGACAUGCCCAAUGAAGAUAUGUUCCUCUGUCUUCUAAUUUCUCUGAUCUGAUAGCUGCCGCUUUGGGUUUAUCCACAUAUUCUGUGUAUACGCCAUAAAUACUCCAUUACCAAGCCUUUGUAAGUACUAAGAGUCAACUGUAUUCAUCCAUGUGUUUUGAUUAACCAAUUUUCCGCCACCCAAAAGGGGUUAAAUGUGUAUCUUGUCUUUGGUGUGUUUUUCUAUGUGUUUUGUAUGUUUUCUCUUAGAUUGGAAAUUAACAGGGCAGUGUAAUGCCCAGUUUUGUGUAUUUUAGACAAACAGUUGCAAAUGUUCUUUUUAUAAUAAAAUUACAAUAUUUUUUACAAUAUUA